GCGCCCGCCCUUCCCGGCGCGCCUCGCUCUUCCUGGAUACUGAGGCUUUGCGGCGGCCGCGCGGACCCGCGGCGGGAGCGCAGGGUCCGAGGCGCGUGGGCUGGGUUCCUGGGUCCCGCCCCGCCGCGGGAGAGCCAGGCUGCGAGGGGCCCUCAUCCCCGCCCCUGGCGGAUGCCCCGCUCCCGGGUUCCCUGCGGGAGCGGCCGGCUGCCCACCACCGCCCCCCGCCGUCAUGGGGUCUCCCUCCCGGAGAGCCAGUUCGGUUUGUCCCUCGAUGCGCGGCUGCUGAGGACCUCGGGGCCCUCGUGCUCCACCCUGAGCUGCCUGGCGCCGUAGGCCCCCACGGGAGGGGCCCUGAGGGAGGGGGCCUGGCCGCGCCCGCGGGCCCGCGGCGAGGGGCGUCCCUGCGAGCGUGCCAUGGAGGAGUUCCGGCACUGCUACAGCCGGCUGUGCCGGGAGAGCGGGGCCGAGCCCCAGGAGACUGUCCUGCAGAAACUGCAGGAGCUGCCGCGGGGCCGGCUGGACCUGGCCACCCAGAGCCUGACGGUGGACACCUGCCGGGCCUUGGGCAAGCUGCUGCAGAAGGAGGCUCUGCUGACCGAGCUCAUCCUGAGCGACUGCAUGCUGAGCGAGGAAGGGGCCACACUGCUGCUCCAGGGGCUGUGUGCCAACACCAUUGUGCGGUUUCUAGAUCUAAAGGGCAAUAACCUCCAAGCUGCGGGCACUGAGGCUCUGGGACUACUUCUCCGACAGAACAAGUCCAUUCAGAGCCUCACCCUCGAGUGGAACAACCUGGGCACGUGGGAAGAUGCCUUUGCCGCCUUCUCCAGGGCCCUGGCAGGCAAUGGCACUCUCAGGCAGCUCGACCUCCGUAACAACCAGAUCAGCCACAAGGGCGCGGAGGAGCUGGCCUUGGCCCUGACCUGUAACGCCAGCCUCCAGCAGCUGGACCUGCGCUGGAAUAACAUCGGCCUCCUGGGGGGCCGGGCCCUGGUGAACUCUCUGCCCCGCAACAGAGCCCUGUGGAGACUGGAGCUGGCUGGGAACAACAUCCCAGGCGACGUCCUCAGAGCCGUGGAGCAAGCCAUGGACCGCAACCGGGAGCGGCAGACCACUUCCCGAGAGAACCAGGCCCGCGCCCAUGUGCUCAGCAAGGAGGUACAGCACCUCCAGGAAGAGAAGUCCAGGCAGUUUCUGGACUUGAUGGAGACGAUCGAUAAGCAGAGAAAAGAGAUGGCCAGGAGCAGCAGGGCGUCCGCCGCAUGUGUGGAGCAGCUUCAGGAAGCCCUGAAUGAGAGACAUUCUGUCAUCAAUGCCCUCAAGGCCAAGCUGCAGAUGGCGGAGGCCGCCCGGGCUCUGUCCGAGCAGAAGGCCCAGAGCCUGGGGGAGCUCUUGGCUGCCGCAGAGCAGGAGCAGCAGAGCCUGGCGCAGAAGCAGGCGAAGGAGCACAGGCUAGAGCAGCAGGAGGCGGCAGAGCGGGAGUCUAAGCUCCUCAGAGACUUAUCCGCUGCCAACGAGAAGAACCUGCUUCUGCGAAACCAGGUGGACGAGCUGGAGCGGAAGGUGAGGUCUCGGCAGGAGCAGCUGUUCCUGGCCCGGCAGGAGCUGAGCAGCAAGACGGCGGAGCUGAAGAUGCGGGCCAGCCAGGCCGAGGAGCGUCUGGAACUGGAGAAGAAACGGUCCCGACAGAGCUUGGAAGACUUGGAGCAGCUGCGGGCCAAGGAGGUGGAACACAUGACUCGUCACCUGGAAGAGAGUGAGAGGACCAUGCAGGAAAGGGUACAGCGGCUGGAGGCCUCGCGCCUAUCCCUGGAGGAGGAGCUGAGCCGGGUGAAGGCGGCGGCUCUCAGCGAGCGCGGCCAGGCUGAGGAGGAGCUCAUCAAGGCCAAGAACCAAGUCCGUCUGGAGGAGCAGCAGCGCCUGGCUCAACUGGAGGAGAAGCUGCGGCUGCUGGCGCAGGCUCGGGACGAGGCUCAGAGCGCCUGCCUGCAGCAGAGGCAGACAGUGGCCGAUGCCCAGGCCCGGGCCAGCCAGCUGGGCCUGCAGGUGGAAGGCCUGAGGCGGCGCCUGGAGGAGCUACAGCAGGAACUGAGCAACAAGGACCAAGAGAAGGUGGCGGAGGUGAGCAGGGUCCGGGUGGAGCUGCAGGAGCAGAACGGCCGCCUGCAGGCCGAGCUGGCAGCCCAGGAGGCGCUGAGAGAGAAGGUGGCGGCCCUGGAGCGCCGGCUGAAAGUGACCGCAAGCGACCACCGGGAGGCGCUUCUGGACAGGGAGAGCGAGAACGCCUCUCUCCGGGAGAAACUUCGGCUCAAGGAGGCAGAGAUCGCUCGGAUCCGGGAGGAAGAGGUCCAGAGGGCCAGCUUCCUGCAAAACGCUGUCCUGGCUUACGUGCAGGGGUCUCCUCUGAGGGCUAUGAGCCCCCCGAAGUGAAGGGAGGCAGGAGCCUGGGGGGAGGCAGGAGGGCAGCACCUCCCAGAGGUCUGUGGGUCCCAUCCGUGCCCGUCACUUUCUUAAAACAGCCUGGCAGGGAGUCUGCCGCUGGGAUCCGGGGCUCGUGGGAUCAGUGAGUAGGGACCGCUGCUGCUCACCACCGGGGAGCCCGGCUCAGCGAGCCCAGGGCCACCGGCCUCGAUGUCUAGAGUGGGCACCCCUCCGGGCCCUCCCAGGGUCCUUCCUUCCUCCGGUCCCGGGAACAUGAAGCACGCAGGGGGAAGAAAACAAGGAAGAGUCGUCCCUGCUCCGGGGCAGCCCCUUCUCGCUGGCGGGGCGGCCCGUGAAACGUGCCCACACAGGCCCCUUUUACAACUGACCGUGCGCAGCGGCUGCCCCGUCCGCUGGGUCUCUUGAAAUACAGAACUUUUGCAACUUGUGA